AUGACGCGCGUGACGUACUCGAUGAAGUACAUCACUCUUCCGGUGCUGUGCGACAAAUGCGUGGCGGAUCACUGCCACCGUGGCUCUCUGCGUGACAGCGAAUACGAGGAGAGGGAAUACGCUUCCAGCCUGGGCUUCUGCUCUGACCAAAACCCGGCCUGCUCCGGCUGGGCCAAGCAGGGAGAGUGCCAAGGCCCUAAUGCGGCGUGGCUAGCGGACAUGAUGCAGAGUUGCGUCCGCUGGGCGGCGGAGGGCGCGUGCAGUGACAACUCCAGUUACAUGCUUAAACUAUGCCCUGUCGCCUGCGGCGUGUGCGACCUCGAGUGCAAGGCGCGCCGCCUGACGCCGCACACCUGCCGCCGCCAGCCCGACUAA